GUUCACUUUUACCUAUAAAGGAGCGAUGGAUUCAGCAAAGAUAAUCACACACUAAUAAUUUCAGCAGCAAUGCGAGCAAAUAAGAAUGUUGUGAUGCUUAAAUCAGUGGGUUCGUUGGAGGUCAACACCCAAAUGCAACAAUCCACCGACUUCCAAACGGGCAAGUUCUCUUCGCAAACGUGCAUCACAUACUUACUCGGCAAGACACGUGUUACUUUAAACGUCACCCUAGAGGACGCAAACGUCGUACACAUCAACCUCUCCGAAGAUAGUGGCAAGGGUUCUUCCGCAAAUCUGUACCUGGUGGUCACCAGAAAUGACAGAUACGGCAUUAUAUGUAAUUACAUGAACACGAAAUUUAUGGGCUCGUAUGAUUCGUGUAAGGAGAAUUAUUGUGCGCCGCCUCUGCAAGACAGAGAAGUCAUACGUUGCUUGUGUCGGGAGAGCGGUCCCGGAGGAUGUUUCACGGUGGUGAAGAAGAAGGACGAGAACGACGUAACGGAGAGGGUGAAGGCCGCAACAUACAACUUCAUCGUUGGCGAAGAGACCAUGCACGUGAAAAUAAGAAUAAGGAAGGAGGGAAGAGAAGGGUUGAAGGUUGAGGUGGAGGGGCCGGUGAAGCUUACGACGGAGUAUAUGAUUCAUGUGGUUUCCAGAAUGGAGGAGAAGAUGGAAAGUGAUCAGAAGGGGGUGAGUUUAGUUAGGAACUCCAAAAGUCAACGUCCCCAUGAUGUCAACAUGGAACAUGCUGUUGAUGACCGCGUGCUUACGCAAUGGGGGAUUGAUGGACGGGUUAAGUCACGAUAACUUAAUAUACUUAAAUUAAAUGGUUGAAUUUGUAAUAAUACGUGUACACGUAUUACAAUUUGAUUGAUUAUUAUAAGUUUAAUAAUUUAAAUUUAUUAAGUUAUCUUUU